GUGGAGUCAUUGAGGAACUCGACAAAGCAGCUCUCCAGUAAACAUCAUGGUGAACAUCCCAGAAUACUAUGCAGGGAAGAAUGUGUUAAUAUCUGGAGCAACCGGCUUCAUGGGGAAGGUUCUCCUGGAAAAGCUGCUGAGGUCCUGCCCAGAGGUCAAAGCAGUUUACGUGUUGGUUAGGUCAAAAGCCGGCCAGAGUCCACAGGCGCGGGUAGCUGAAAUGGUCAACUGCAAGUUGUUUGAAAGAUUGCAAGCGGAGCAGCCAGACUUUGCAGAGAAGAUCGUAGCUGUGAACAGCGACCUCACGGUACUGGAGCUUGAUCUGAGCAAAGAGGAUCAGGGCAUCCUGGCUGAAAACGUAAACAUAGUCUUCCACUGUGCUGCAACAGUCCGCUUCAAUGAGCCCCUCAAGGAUGCGAUGCAACUGAAUGUCUUGGCUACACAGAAGAUGCUGGCGCUGGCCCACAAGAUUAAGCAUUUGGAGGUCUUUAUUCACGUAUCCACAGCGUACGCCCACUGUGACAGGGACCUCAUCGAGGAAGUCGUCUACCCUCCUCCUGUAAACUACCGCAAACUCAUCGACACUCUGGACUGGAUGGACGACGAUUUGGUAGCAACGCUGACCCCCAAGCUUAUCGGAGAGCGUCCCAACACUUACACCUUCACCAAAGCUUUGGCUGAGUAUCUGGUUCAGCAGGAGGCUGAAGAGCUCAACGUCGCCAUCAUCAGACCCUCCAUCAUCGGAGCCAGUUGGAAGGAGCCGUUCCCUGGCUGGAUCGACAACUUCAAUGGACCCAGUGGGAUAUUCAUUGCAGCUGGAAAGGGGAUCCUGCGCACAAUGAGGGCCUCCAACGACGCUGUGGCCGACCUGGUCCCAGUAGAUGUGGUCAUUAACGCAACUCUAGCUGCAGCUUGGUUCUCUGGAUCUCAAAGAGUCAACAGGCCUAAAAGUCUCCUGGUGUACAACUGCACAACUGGUGGGAUCAACCCAUUUCACUGGGGCGAAGUCGAGUACCAUGUAAUAUCCACAUUCAAGAGGAACCCCCUUGACCAGGCCUUCCGUCGGCCCAAUGUUAAUCUCACAUCCAAUCACCUAAUCAAUCAGUACUGGAUUACCGUGAGCCACAAGGCUCCGGCCUUCCUUUACGAUCUGUACCUUAGGCUGAUUGGACGAGAGCCCAGGAUGAUGAAGACCAUCACUCGCCUGCACAGGGCCAUGAUGGUCCUGGAGUAUUUCACCAGCAAUUCAUGGGUGUGGAACACAGACAAUGUGGCCAUGCUGCUGUCCCACAUGAGCCCUGAGGAUAAGAAGGUGUUUAACUUUGAUGUGCGCCAACUGCACUGGGCAGAGUACAUGGAAAAUUAUUGCAUGGGAACGAAAAAAUACGUCCUCAAUGAGGAGCUGUCUGGACUGCCUGCUGCACGGAAACACCUCAACAAGCUGAGGAACAUUCGCUACACCUUCAACACCAUCCUGGUGGUUCUUAUUUGGCGCGUCUUCAUCGCCCGCUCCCAGAUGGCUCGCAACAUCUGGUACUUUGUGGUGAGCCUCUGUUUCAAAUUCCUCUCCUACUUCAGAGCUUCCUCCACCAUGAGAUAAUGAACAAAGGACUCAGAGCAAGGAAAGGAGUUGGAGGAUUGAAGAACAUGGCGGCGGCAGACCAUACUCGAUACGGUGAAAGGAGCGACACCAGAAACUGGACGAACCUUGAGUCUGCAGUGACUUUAGUCCUUAAAUACCCAACUUCUCUCUAACUUGAUGGAUCGCUAUAGAAGCCUUGGAUGAAACUCAGACCAGCAGCGAUUGGGCUUAUGACGAAAAAUACCUUGUUCUGUUUCCUUCUGCUCCUUCUGCAAAGCUAUGGUGAACGAUGCUCUGCUCAGAAGCCUUUUGCUAGUUUGUGUCAGGCUGAAUUACUCCUCGAGAGCAGAAGUUAUUUCACUCAGCCAGAGAUGAGAGAUUAAAAUCACACAGCUUUUGUCCUUUAGUCUUCUGUUCUUGUGUUGUAUGAACAGGCCCUUUUUUAAUAAGCUUAGAUGGAUCAAAGUCAAGCCUAAAUUUCUUUAAACGUUGCUUUGAACACUGAUAUUUCACCUCAGUGCAUUUUCUCCAGUGGGGGCAUCAAAUGUUUUCAGGGUUUUUUCGCCAUCAGCUCGCUGAGUUAAAACGCCCCACCACACACAACUGCAGACGCUUUCCUCCACCAUUAAGGCCGCUGUAAAGCAACGUUUUAGGCUGUUGGGGUGGUGUUUGUGCUGAAUCAUGCCUUACAGGAAGUACUCGCUCACCCCCCACCCCGUUUCUGCCGGGCGAAAAUAACCUGUCAACAACGAUGCAGUCCCAAACUUCCUCAGACUGCAGCGGCCCGUUUCUUUAUCCUCAACUAAGCACAAUGCAAAUCCUGAUGGCUUUACUGAGUGCCUAUACUGACUUCUCUUGCAACAGCAAAACUUUACUUUUGUCUUUUUCCAGAUCAUUUAUUUUUUGUGUCAAGUUGCAGUUUUUAAAUUAGCCAAGUUCCUUUUGUUCAGGCGGCUCAGGUGCAUUUUGGAGGAGAAAUGCUCAUCUUUUUGCCUCUUCUUUCUCCUGCUUUCUCUGAGGAAAUAAAAAUUAUAAAAAAAAACCUUCAGGAUGAGCUGAUAUCCUGGGCGCCGCCUAUAUUCUCUCCCUGUAGAACUAACUUGGCGUUUGUUGCUGUACUCGUUCUUCCCAGGUUGUGUGGGGUCUGCCUGUUACAUUUCUGCUUCUAUAAACCUCAGAAAGCAGAACAGAAAUUCAACCUUUUUAUUUUAAACCUUUUUUUUGUUCUUCCUGUCAAAGUUUUCUACUCUCUUCUAAUUUCUCUGGGCUUUAAACGUUGACGCCACGGUGUCUCAUUACUGUAAGCACUUUGUCACACUUUCCCUCUGUUACCUACCUUAUUUAUUUAACCCACCAGCCGCCGGUGAGUUUUAAUCAUACCUGCCUGUCUUCUGAAAGGCUCCAGAUAAAGGCCUUCAUGUCCGCCCUGUCUGUGUACCAGCCUCUUUAAGGAAUGUGAUUCUCACAGCAUAAAGAAAUAUACAGAAACCUUGAACUCUGUGCCUCAACUGUUGAUAUGCGAAUGUGAAAAAGAGCAGUCGGAUGUGUUUUGUUUUUCUAAAUAGUUUUAUGUCCAGCUCUGGUUAGGGUAGACUUGGAGCGAUGCACAGAGCUGUUUUUCUGCUUGUGGGUGCGUGGCUAGUGUACAGAAACUAACUGAAGUGGACUCAGCUGUUGUAAAUGGUAAGAAAAAGCGACCGCUUGGCACCAUUUUGAAAUCUUAGUUGCUCUUUGUGUCAAUGCACAUGAUUCCUUCUCUGUAUGUAAAAGAAAAGCUUCUUUUUGUAAAGUCAGAUUUGUCUUCUGCAAAUGUAAGAGGAAAUGAUUUAUUUUGAAAAUGUCUGGUUAAGUGAAUAAAUUCUCACUGUUGUGCCUGAUCUCUUCCUAAUGGUGUAAGUGACUUGGUCUGUUGUAUUGGUGAUGCUUCUUGUGCUAUGAGUCGUGGCAGCUCUAUGUGCGCAUUUCCCAGUUUGACUUUUUCCUUAUAAAAGUCUAUCAUUUCCAUCAGGAACUGUUAGCCACACUAAAGCGGCUUUUUUAUAAUCAUUUAUUUUCUUGUCAAUGUUUUUAAGAGCCUAAGAUAAUUUAGAUUUGAUACAAAUACUAGUGAAUAAAGUAAAGUUUAUUGUAUGGCUGAGGGUGCCUCCCUCGUGACCCUGGACUCUUUCUGUUACAUUUUACCUGAUGGACCAACACAGAGUAGCUCAUUACUGUGAAGCGAAAGGAAAAUGAUUUAAUGGCUUUAAUUCAGCCUCCCUCUUUGAUUGAAAAAUUACAACUACAAUGAAUUUUCUGUAAAAGUUUCCUCAUUUUUAAAAUAAUCAAUGAAAAAGAAAAGUUUUGAAAGCUUCAUAGAUUCAUUAGAGACGAUUAGUGAACAAAACUGAGCCUCUCGAGCUGCAACUAGUUCUUUAAAAUGUUUCUGUGUUUAAUGCCAUAUUUGCACUUAAUUACCAUAACAAAAGAAAACGAGUAAAGCAAGUAUUGAUUUGUCAUUAGGUCAUAAACAUUUUGUUUCUUUUUUUCCAUUGUUGAUGAAUAUGUAUGUUCUGUUAAAUAAAAUCCAUUUCUCCUUUU